CUGUGAGCCUCGUGCGCUCUUGGUCAGAGUUGAGCGGGAUGUCUGGGGGACCCUACACCUCCAAGGAGGAGUUGAAUAUCUCCCUGAUGGACAAUCUGCACUUGGGAGGUGAGGAUCAAGUCCAGGAAUCCCCGAUGGUGUCAGACCUGCUGGAUCGUGGAUCCCGGAACCAUGGUAGUCUCUCCCAGCGGCGACAGGAUUUAGAAGCAAGGCCUAUGAGCCAGGCUACCAGCCUACCACCUUCGAAUCCGACUACUUCCAGGCCCAAGAAAAUGGCACGAUCGAGCCGUGGUCCGCACUCGAGCAGGAGACUUAGACACAGGGAAUCAACAGCAGAUGGGCCCAAAACGAACAACUGGGCUGACCCCAAGACGGAGCCCCACGAUUUGGUGGAGGUGGAGGAGCCUCGGAUGGGGAGAGAACAACGCCAACUGGAUCUCACUGUCCAGGAGAUUAUUGAUAGCUUGCAAGCCAUGCAUAUGCAUUGUGAGAGCAACUUUGACAUCGAUCUGAUGGCGGAGAUUGGCCUGGAGGAGUUAGCCCGGCUGGAGAUGGAAACCCUGCGGCGCCAGGUGCACCUCCUCACCCACCGUCUGCAGGCUCUGGAGAGUCAGGGAACCACCUGGCACCACAAGGAAACCCUGUUGUUCACUCUCCUGAUGUCGCUGUGCGUGGUCAACCUGUGGAUGUGGAUGCGCCACUGACUGGCCAGGAGGAUGAGCA